UUUGGUUGUAAGAGCUGAAUUCCCCCCCAAAUCAAAGAGCUCCCCGGCCACCUGAAACACCCCCUCUGCCGUCCGUCCAUCUUUGCCUCUUCUGUGUUCUCUUGCUGCCGCCGUUCCGGCCGCCGGAGACUCAGAUUGCAGGAAAAGACCGACCGGCAGCAGAGAAAUUUCCCAUCCUAAUUGUACACCAUGCAGCACACCGGAGCCUUCGUUUUUGGCAUUCUAGGUAACAUCAUAUCAUUUAUGGUCUUCCUGGCUCCUGUGCCGACGUUCUGGCAGAUCCAUAAGAAGAAGACGAGCGAAGGCUACAAAUCGCUGCCUUAUCUGACCGCACUCUUCAGCUCCAUGCUCUGGCUCUACUACGCCCUCCUCAAGAAGCAAGACGCUCUCCUCCUCAUGACCAUCAACGCAUUCGGCUGCGUCAUCGAGACCGUCUACACCGCGCUCUUCAUCGCCUACGCACCCAAGAAAACUCGGGUGGCGACGAUUAUGUUGUUUGUGGGGUUGAACGUGGCGUUGUUCUCCACGGUGCUUCUGGUCAUACAGUUCGCGGUCAAGGAGGAUUACCGGGUGAACGUCCUCGGCUGGAUUUGCGUCGGCUUUGCCGUCGGCGUCUUCGCCGCGCCUUUGAGCGUCAUGGCCACGGUGAUCAAGACGCGAAGUGUGGAGUUCAUGCCCUUCUCUCUUUCCUUCUUCCUCACGUUGAGCGCCGUCGUGUGGUUUGGCUACGGAGUUUUCAUCCACGACCUUCGUGUCGCGUGUCCGAACGUGAUAGGCUUCGUGUUUGGGCUGGCCCAAAUGACGCUCUACGCGGUUUACAGAAACGCCCACAUCGCCGACGAGAAGAAGGAGAACGAAAAGAAGCUUCAGCUACAGGACAGUAAGUUGCCCGUGAAGAUGAAGAGCAUUCACCGGAGGAGCGGCCUGGGUACGCCGGAGGUUCACCCGGUCGACGGACAGAGCAACGACGACGAGGAAAGGGACGACGGAGACGAAGGUCGCGGCAAGGGUAACGGUAACGGCGGUGGGGGAAUUAGGAGGGACCAAGAUGACUCUCCAGUUUGAAAGUUGCCAAGUCAAGAAACGAAAGAAGCUUCAUCAUCAAUUGUAUCCUAAGAUUAAAAAAAAAAGCAACAAUAUUACUUACUCUUUGUACCUCUUAAUUUUUUUCUUCGUUUUUUCCUUCUUUUAUUUUCGAUCGGGGUUAUAAUUCUAAACAAGAAGCUAAUGAUCAUCAGUUGUACGUACUUUUGUUCCUUUUUUUUUUCUUGCUUAUGGUAAUUUUGUACUUUGUUUUCUUUUAAAUGUAAGAUGGGGGAACAAUUUAGUAUAUAUAUAAUCUUUGCAGAUCUUUGGAUACAUUGAUUAGUUCACUUUUUCGUUCCCGUAAUUCACAAUAAGUCGAUGCUUUGUUGGUUUGUUUCGUUCAUCU